UGGAAAACUCCCUUCCAGGAGGUUAGGUUGAGAGAGGACAGCUCAUUGUCAAGCACUAAAGUUUUGACAGGCUUGGACCAAAAAAUGGAGAAGCUACAGAACUCCUCAGCUGAAGUUGGUGUAUCGCAGGAAUUGCGAAGGUGUCUGAAAAUGUGUUAACCUGGCACGUUUGUUGGGAAGAACCCCCUGGCUGGUGUCAGCCGUAACGGGGAGGCCUGAAAGAGAGUCAGGAUGCCAGAGAUAACACAAAGUCAGACCCCGGUCCACAAAUCUCCAAGUAGGAGGAAGAAAAACAAAAACAAGGAGAGCCAUAAUGCAGUUGAAAGACAUCGUAAAGAGAAAAUCAAUGCGGGCAUCAACCGCAUUGGAGAUCUCUUGCCUUGCUCCCCAGCUCUUAAACAGAGCAAAAACAUGAUCCUAGGCGAAGCUCACCGUUAUAUAACAGAACUGAAGCAGCAGAAUGAUGAAAUGCUUCUCACUGGUGGUGACAAGGGGCAAGCGGAAGAGAUAAAGCGGCUGCGGCGGCAAAUUGAGGACCUGCGCAAGGAAAGUGCUCAUUACCUUGAGCUGCUCAAAGCCAACGGCGUUAACUUCCUUGAUGACCCAACAAUUCACUGGAAGGGCAAGCAGCGUAGUGCGAAAGUGGCUAAAGUAACACCAACUCACCUGCUGUCCAAGGGGAUCAUUGUCUAUUCCAGUGGAAAUACCAUCUCUCCAUCUGGUAAACAGCCUGGUCAACCAAAUCUUAUCCCACAGCAAGACAAACAGCCUGAGACUGCUGUGAUAGUGGAACGUGCCUGUGACGUUAGACCGGUUAUCCACAAUAGAGCACAAGUCCAUGAUGUCGUACCAUCCUCCACUCCACAGCAUAUACCUGUAGCGACCCUUAUUCCUGCUGUGACCAGGAUUGGACUCGCAGUAGUUGAACAGCCUGCUGCAGUGGCCCCAGUUGCUCCGAAAUUGCCUCCCCCUGUGAACUACAUCACUUUUCAGAGCCUGUGCCCACAACCUGCAGUCACUGCCCACUUGCCUCAGCAACCCCUGCCAGUCUCUCCUGCCCCUACCCUUACGUCUGGAACCAUCUCCACUGUCUUCCCAAGGCAAGGUGUAACCCAUCUCUCUCGAGGUGCUGACAGCAGACUGCUGGCCCCGGAUGUUGCGGUAAUGGUAACCUCUGCCAAUCAAACUUUAUCGUCUAGUUCGAACCUCCUCAGUGCCGCAGGGAAUACUCAGACAACAUGGACAACAUUGCAUCUAGCAGGGAACACGGUGCAACCUGUCUGUCAGGCACUGCCUACUUCAGACAGCAAUGGGAGCAACAGUGCUGGCCCGCAGCAGUUUUCUGUGUGCUCUGUAGGUGUGAAACCAUCAACCCAGCCCACAACAAUUCAGAUCCAACAACAAGCUGUUGCCAUGCCACAAGUUGCUUUCUCUACAUCUCUCCCACUCCAGUCUUCACAGCAGCAACAGUCACAGCUUCAGCCCCAGUCAGCCAUCUUGCCCCAAUCAACAUUGUUAACUCACCCAGUCAGUGUUUCCCAGGGUCAGCCUGUCAUCUUUCCCCAACCAACACUGGGGCCUCAUUCACAAGUAACUGUACUGUCUCAGCCAACCAUGCAACCUGUAGCUCAGCCGCAGCCAGCUCUGAUAUCCGUGGGCCAGCCUAAGCCAGUUCUGCUACCCCAGACUAAACCACAACCAGCCUUACUUCCCCAGCCUCAGUUGGCUGUGAUGCCUCAGUCUGCUGUAAUAUCUCAGCAACAGUCUGUCGCACCACCACAACCCCAGCCAGCUCUUUUACCCCAGCCUCAGUCCUCGAUUGUUGCUCAGCCACAGUCGGCAGUAAUGCCCCAAGCCCAGCCAGGCCUCAAUCAGCGGCAAGCUGCUGUGGUGCCUAUGCUUCAAACAAUGCAAGUUUUGCAGGUGAAUCCUGCUGGGACAACAGUUGCUACAGUCCCAGUGCAACAAAACAAUAAUCCAAAUGUUGUUAUCUUACAGCAGGCUGGUUCCUGUACAGCCCAGCAAGUGAUGAGGGAGGAUCUGAGCAGCCAGACCACCCAGACACCUUGCCAACAUAUUGUUAUCAUUCAGGCACCUAAUCAGACUCCCCAAACACCACAGACCCCCCAGACAGUAGUUCCUGCUGCAAUGCCUGUAUUACCUGGUAAUAUUACAACUUCGAACGCACUUCCUGUUAACAAUAAUCAGGCUGUUUCAGGCAAACAGUUGGUACAUAUUCUUCCACAGCUUUCAUCACAGGCCCCUCAGACCAUCUCUAUGAAUGGACAAGUAUUUGUUUUGCAACCAGUGCAAUCGCCUGACAAGGGGAUUGGUCUGGCUGCACCAGUUCCCCAACAGAUUGGUCAAACAUCUGGUGAAGAACAGAGUGGUAGUCUCACUGUCCACACCUUGGGCUCACUUACAAGCCUUAACCAGACCGACUCACAGGUUACUAGUCAAAGUAUUGUCCAAGUGCACACCAUUGCUCCACCGGCUCCCACACCUACAGAAACACCUGCACCACCCAAGCAAGUGAGUAGUGAAGUCAAAGGGCCUGUGAGGAAAAUAGGACCUUGUAGGAAACCAGGCAGGAAACCUAAAUCUGCUAGAGGUAAAGACCUUAAACUUGGACGAUGUCUUCUCCCAAUUGCAGCCAAGCCUACAACACAGCCGACUAAGCCAUUUGAUUCAGCCCAACUUCUAAAGAAAUCCACUACUGCUGUAAUUGCUCCAAAAACAAUUUCAAGUUCUAAGAGUACAAUCACUGUGAGUAGUACAAGCAGUGUGCAGACCACAACAGCAGCCACCAAAAACAGUCCUACUGUGAUGAAGUCACCUGUCACUGGAGUAAAUCUCGCAGCAAGUGGAGUUUCAAGUACAAGUGCCAGUUCUUCUGAGAACACCCCGUCAAUCAGUGUUGCUGUUUCAGAACCUGUGGUAACGGUAACCAGUAUCCAGCCAACGCUGGAUAAGUCAACAGUUGCUUCUCCAGUUACUAACUGUAAUGGUGUUAGCACCACAUCAAGUGUCCCAUCAGUAACACCUGCCAGCUCUGCUCCUAGUAGAACGGUGGCCACAUCCAAUCAUUUUACACAGGAAACAAUACCUGUGUCUAAAGAAACGGCCAAACAGAGCAGAUCUGCUGCUGCGACAAAUACAUGUUCUUUGAAUACAUCAAUUGACAAUGGUGUGCCGAUGACAAAAGACACAACUGCAGUCUCUUGUGUUGACUCCAUUGUGAAGCCUCCAUGCUCAGCAGUCAGUGUUCAGCCUGUGAGCAGAGAAUCCCCUCCUCAGACUAAAACGGUUUGUGUUGGUCUUUCUGUACCCAGUAUACCUUCAGCAACAAGCUAUAGCUCAAUGCAGACUACAGCAUUAGUUACUUGUGUUGGUUCCACUCAUAGUAAACCAAUGGUUAUACCCUCUAGUGGUGUAAUGGUUCCUCCCACUCCUACAAUUCACACCUCUGCUCCAUGCAGACCAGUGAUUUCUGUUCAGUCAAAUCAGCCUUCUUUACAGUGUCAUAAAACUGCAAAUGUACUGGACUCCUCACAAAUUUGCCGUUCUUCUACUUUGCCUUCAAUUCAAAUAUCUUGUACUGAGCCUUCAUUGCAGUUAACUCCUUCAGCUACAGCCAGCCAGAUACAACCCCCUGAGCCCAGGAAACGAGAUAAUACAAGUGGAUCUCGGAGCCAAUCUCAGGAAGUAGGCUUGGCUCCUCUACCUUCCACACAGAUGAGUUCUGCUGAAUUGAAACUUGACUCAAGAAAGGAGAAAGAGCAUGUAUCUAUUGAGAAAGGUCAUUUGCUGACUGAUAGAUGCCCUAGGAAAGACUCUACCCUGUCUCAAGAGGUGUAUGCAUUAGAGCAGGAUUCUUUGGAACAACCCCUUAUUUCAAAUAGUCAGACAGACUUGCCACUCUCAGCUGGUGGUAGAGGGUUUUCAGUUGCCUCCAUGCUUCCUACUGGCCACCAUAUAAGUGCUUCGUCUAACAGCUUUGGAACAUUCAGUUUCACACCCGAGCAGGCAGAAAUACUGGCGUUGGUUACCGCUUGGGAUCUACCGAAAUCCCAGCAAGCCCCCAACAGCAAAGAAAGGAACCCAGAGCAGCAGUUCAAGCCAAGCAAACACCUGGAUCUGCCCUUGGUAAAAACCUCUUCCCAAAGCUCUGUCAGAUGUCCACCAGUGGAAGGAACAACAAGCCGGCCAAAUAGACCACCUCACAGUGUGGCUUAUUCACAGUCUCAGUCCGCUUCAGUUGGUAGUCUUAAUGUCAACAAUUUAAUACGUCCCAGUUCCAGUCAGCCUUACCCUGGGUCUCCCAGUCUUGCCCAGCAAGCGACGGUUCCCUCACCAGGAGGCCCUGCUAACUUGGUGUCCCAACCAUCCACCCCUAUUCUUACAAACUGUUCAGUAUCUGGACAGCUGAAUGAGUACACACCCCUCAAGAGCUCCCUCAUGCGUCCACACGGUGGUGGUGUAGCCGAACGACACCUGAAGGAGCUGUCGAAGCGUCCAGCCCAGGACGAUGUGAUGUUACCAAGUAACAAACGUCCCAAAGGCUGCCAGCCUGGCAAUGUCGGACGCAUGGAUGCCAAGACUGCAGACCACUCCCAGAUGAUUAUUGGUCAAAUGACCCCAGGCUCUUCAACUGUCAUGACUCGAAUCAAUCCAGAGAGCUCACUUUUUUCCAGCAAUGGCUUCAUGAGCACAGUACUGAGACCAACAGAUGGCCAUUGCCCCUCUCAGGUACUCUCUCAAGAACCCAAUCAACCUGGUGUAGUACAUCUUCAGCCCAGUCACUCCCAGAAUAGUGCCCAGUCACAGCAACACAUUGGAGGAAACCCUUACCUGAAGCAUCAACAGCAAGAGCAGCAGAGACAUCACCUGUAUCAGCUACAACAUCAUCUCACACAAUCCGACAACACACAGGGUCAGCUGCACAACAUCCAUCAAAGAACGAUGCAGCAGGAUCAGCACGUCCACAAAAAGAGGGGAAUGGUCCGUGGGGGUCAGACAGGACCUCCUGUUGGUAUGCAGCAGAAACAGCAUCAUCUGGAGAAGAGCGGGUUACAGCAGCAUACUCCAUCUCAGCAACAUCAACAGCAUCAACAGCAGCAGCACCAACAGCAGCAGCAGCAGCAAGCACAUCAGCAACAGCAGCAACAAGCACAUCAGCAGCAUCAACAACAACAGCAGCUGCAGCAGCAUCAACAGCAACAUCAUCACCAACAGCAACAGCAGCAAUCCCAGCAACUCCAGCAGGCCCAGCACCAACAAUCACAGCCCCAUCAACAGCAGCAGCAGCAAAUUCAGCAGCAGAGUUCUCACUCACGCCAUCAACACCUUCAACAGCAGAUUCAGCAGCAGCACUUUGGGGGACGACUGCAGGAGAAGACAUGUGAGGCCCAGCCAACAGGCCCAAGGACUCAUCAGAACAGUCAUAUGGGGCAGCAGGAGUGUCAGAGCGGGCAGGACCACAACACUGUCCAAAGACUAAUGGGUUCUCGGAGUCUGGAGCAGCAGUUGACCUCACAGGCUAAUAGCUCUGUGUCUCGUUCAUCUGACCUCACCUGUGCUCCUUCACGACACGAGCGCCAGCGUCUUUCUAGCUACUCAGCAGAGGCUCUCAUUGGAAAGUCGUCCUCGAGUGGCGAGCAGCGCAUGGGGCUUCACCUGCAGGCCCCACGUGGUAACAAUCAAGAUCAGCCAGACUUGCGCUAUUUGGACCGGGGAAAAGGGAAUAUCAACCACAACCCAGCAAAUAGGCUGCCACCUGACCACCCUGGGCCAGCUGAUGUCCAGCGUAUUAAUGAAUGCCCUCCUUUUAAGACCCUGAGCAGUAGCCACCAACUUGGCAAUUUCGAGGUGCAAGUGUCCCGUGCAGGAGAUGCCAAUAAAACUGUACCCCCAGUGCAACGGGGCCCUCCGCUGCAAGGCACCUUCCGAAUGGGCCCAGGUUCAGCAGGGGAUGGCCGGUCACGUGUGCCUUAUUCAGGCACUCAUGGAGUGUCACAGGGCAUGCAGAUUGGGGUAGGGCAAGAGGCUUGCCAGAGCUUCAUGCAAAGUCUCCUGGCUCCACAUCUACCUGAGCAAACUGGACAUCAACGGUCAACGCAGUGCUGCCCCCCUGUUAGCAUAGAAUAUAGCUGUGUGCCUGGAACAUCUGCUGGGGAUUUGCAGGCCAAAGCUUCUAGUCCUAGCCUGUCCUCAUCUCAAAAGGCUCCUGCAAUGCGCCAUGGAGAAAGCAAUAAGGGACACAUACCCCAGGUUAGUGGGAAUUUGCAUGGCCAAGGAGUUAGGACAGGACUCCCCCAUCCUCCAACACCUCAGAGUAGUGCUGAACCAGGAAGAAACCCUGCUCCUUCGAGACCUCUGUCGGUCAGUCAACGCACCCGCCAUAUCGGACAAGAGGCUCAGAGCUCUAAGAUUCGACCAGGGGAACGGCAAAGGUCAGGAACCGUAAGAAAUGCAGACCUGUUUGAGUCUGAGGGCUCCCUACCACUACCUUCCACUGGAGGUGUUAUCCUUGGGCGUCCACAGACCGGGGCUGAGACGCGGAGGGGCAGUAUAGUGCGCUUCAUGCCUGACAGCUCACAGGUCAGCGGUGAAAACAAUCUGGUGUCUGACCAGCAUCUCUCUCAGAACUUUCCUAGUUUCCCUUUCAUCGCAGAUGGCAGCAUGAACCCACCGCCACCCAUAAAUGCAAAUUCUACUUUCAUCCCCCCUGUUAGCCAGUCUGGUACAUCUCGCACCCCAGCCCUUCUACCUGUGGAGCCUCAGAAUACUUUGCCCUCAUUUUACCCCUCCUAUUCCCCUGCAGCUCAUCCCAGCCUUCCAAGUGAUCUCCCACUACAGUAUUUCUCCAACCAAAUGUUUACAAGCCCAAGUACAGACAAGAGUAGCACCGCCCCACUCAACAACCGCUUUAGUUCCAUACUCUCCCCACCCCGACCGGUUGGCUUUGCUCAAGCCAGCUUUCCCCUGCUCCCAGAAAUGCCUCCCAUGCCCAUUGGGAACUCUUCAAGUAUCACCCCUCACCUUCCGAACUUCAAUUUGACUUCACUAUUCCCAGAAAUUGCCACAGCAAUGCCACCGGAUGGCUCGUCAAUGCCAAUGUCCCCGUUGCUGUCUUUGACCAACACAUCAUCUACAGACUCUAGCAAACAGACCAACCGCCCUGCCCACAACAUCAGUCAUAUUUUGGGGCAUGAUGGGAGCUCUGCUGUCUAAACAACACUUGAGACUGUUGGUUGUGAAUCAAGACCUAGAAUAUUUCAAGGGUGUUUCAGGUGUUAUCAUGCUGUCCCUCACAGGGAUUCUUUUUAAAGAUAUAGUUUUUCACCUGUAGCUAGAUGAUUUGAUACUGUAACAGGAGUUCUACUUUUGUGAUGACCAGAGUAGUGGCCAUGGUAUUUGAUAUCAUGGUAGUCAGGGUUAUACAAGGACAUGAUAUGCCAUGAUACAUUUUUUCCAUCUGUAAUGUUUGGUUGAUUUAAAUCUUUCUCUGCUCAUUUUGAAAGAUCUUUGUGUACAAAUAUUCUUUUCUUUAUUAUUGUUGUCUCCAAAAGAGUUUAAGGUUUUUCUUGCAAAUUAGAAUAUCCACAAGGAAAGAGUUUGAUUAUUUAUUUAAGUUCCUAGAACAAAUUGUAGAUAUUUGUAAAUAUACAAAGUUGAUUAUUAAAGGUUUUCUAAGUAAAGUGUUUGUGCUGAUUUCUUUUCUAAAUAGUGAUAGUCAAUAGCCAUGCAUCUUGGAACAUAGUUUCAUGUUUUGUUUUUGUACAUUUCUUGUAUUACAGAUUAGCUUAUACAUGUCUUUUUUGUAACAGUGAUGACUGCUUAU